AUUUUAUUUAAAAUGAAUGAUACAAUUGAAUUCGAUGAUUGCUUAAAUGAAGUUACUUCCCAAGAGAAAGAUAUCAUCAACUAUUUGUAGGAUUUAAAAUUAAUAUUCAUGACUGACCCAUAAUAAAAAUAGUUUAAAUUUGAGCACGCAAAAAAAUAAUUGAUUUUCUCUUAUCGUUCACUUGAUUCUGAUACAGAUGCAUCAUCAGAAAUGACACCACCAAUGCUAGUUAAAACAUCAUCCUUAUUAUUAACGAAAUCACCAUUAAGAUAAAAGAGAUUAUCAAUAGUUUCAGAACACCCUUUGAUCUGA